AUCUCUCUCUCUUUCUCUCUCUCUUCCCUCCGCCGGAUCCCCCUCUCUCUCUCCUCCCAUGGAUUUCUUCAAAUCCGUCUUCUCCGACGACGGCCCGCCGGAAUCCCCCCGGAGCCCCCGCCCCGACCCGGUCCCAGACCCGAGCCCCGGAUCGCCCGGCGGCGCGUGGAGCUUGGGGGGGCUGAUCAAGACCCUGGCCACCCGGUCGGAGUCGGCGAUCGAGUCCUACCGCCGCGAUCUCGAGGAGUUCGGGUCCGGGCUCCGGAAGGAGACGGCGGUCAUCCGCGAGGCCGCCUCCCGCGCCGUCAAGGACCUCCCCACCUCGCUCGAGGCCGGCGCCUCCGCGGCGCAGGAGUCGCUCGAGUCGGUCGGGCAGGCCAUCGACGACAUCGGCGCCACCGUGCUCAAGUCCACGGCCGAGAUCCUCUCCCACGGCAAGGAGGCCCUGCUGGAUCUCGAUUCCGAUUCGUCCGAUCACGGCAGCGGCAACUUCGGCGGCGGCGGCGGCGGCGGCGCGCAGAGUUCGGAUGUGAGGAAGUACAGCAGGUUCGACGCGCAAUUGCGCCAGAUUCAGAGCGAUGCGAGCGUGUACCGCGACGAGCCGGAGGGUUCGGAGGAGUAUGGGGAGUGGAAAUUAGGGUUUUCGCUGGAGGAGAAGAGGGAGGAGAUUGAGAGCUUGACUGGGGAGGGUGGGGCGAUGAGAGAAAUGUAUGCCAAGGUUGUGCCUGAGGAAGUUGAUCACGAGAAUUUCUGGUCUAGGUACUUUUACAGAGUGCAUAAGCUCCAGGCAGCGGAGGAUGCCAGAGCUCGGCUCGUGAAGCGGGCGAUCUCUGGGGAAGAAGAGGAGGAUUUGAGGUGGGAUUUCGAGGAUGAAGAUGAGGAGGAAGGAGGAGAAGCAUUGGUGGCAAAAAGUGAAAGUGCCGUGCUGGUGAAAGAUGCGCCGGACGCGGUGAAAACGGAGGAGGGCACCGGCGAGGCUUCGUCGUCUGGGCUUGUCCAGGCUCGGGAGAAGAGCGUGGCCGGCGAAGAAGAGGAGAAGUCGGAUUCGGAGAAGUCGGGUAGCGAUGCGUCGGAAGUUAAAGUCGACGAGAGACCGAAUUUGGAAGGGAAGACCGAUAAGACGGAUGCCAGCGGGUCGUGCAAGGAUAGCGAUGUAUCGAUCAUUUCGACGCAGCCGUCGAUGCCCGAGGUUGCGGACCUCGGGUGGGAUGAGAUCGAGGACGUGGUCGGCAAUGACGAGGGUAAGAGGGACAGCGUUUCCAGCGCGAGCAGAGUCGAUUUGCGAAAGCGCCUGAGCGCAGCAGAUGAGGAGGAUUUAACUUGGGACAUCGAGGACGAUGACGAUGACGAGGACGACGAGCCUACCAAAUUGCGAUGAAGUAAAUGAUCUCUCACUAUUCAAAACGUUUAGAGCUGUAGACAUUGAGGGUCAAGUUUUCCCCCUUGAUAUCAUGUCGUUGCACUUGGUCUCUUUUAAGUUGUGCGAAAACCAUUAUUUGGGUUGUUAUCACUUACCAGCGUGUCUUGUGGAUAGUUUAUCUUCGUUUUAUACUCUUUUAGAGUUCAGCUGGAAGCUAUGUAACCGUGCAAUUGCCCAUUCUUGAUUACAAAUAAAAGCUUGGUCCUUUCUUUUA